AUGAGGCUUUUGGAAGWAGCCUAUGUCAUGAAGGAUCCUUUCACCCCUGACAAGGACAAAUUCCUCACCASUGGGUCUCRCUGCAGUUUGUGCAGCAGAGCAGARUGCAUUGCCCCUCACUGUAGUCUAUUCUACUCUGAAAAGUUCUGCUUCCCCUGUGUGAAGGAGAACCAAAAGGCCUUUCCUUUGGAAAUACAAGAAGAGAUGGAUAAAAGGGAGCCCCAGCAGAAAUCCUGCAAAAAAAAAAAAAAAGGACACAAAGCAUAA